AUGGAUACGGUGUCGCAAAGGCCUGAUUAUCUCGCUAUUCAGGCUCGAAUUUUACCUCUGAUCACAUCUCGGUUGACAGGCACGAGCUUUGAAAAAGAUCAAUCAAGAUUCAAGACACUGAAUGAGCAAGUUGGACAAGAUGUAAAGGCACUGUUGCUAGAACACUACUCUCAAGGUUACAAAUUUGUCAUAUGCAGUCAAAUUGUUCAGAACUGUGGACAAGCUGGAAGCUCAAAGGAGAUCCAAACUUUGUAUCGUUCUUUUGGUGCGAUCGCAUUCUCCAUAGGAUUCUAUCGUGUUCACUCUCACUGCAUUUAUAAUCCGGGUGGCAUAUUGAAAGAAAACUAUCAGCCUCUCGCUUCGCGACCCUUGGUCAACUCGAGGACCGACGUUUCAAGGUAG